UAGUUCUUAUUACCUCCAUUCAUUCAUAUAUCAGUUAUGUUUCCGAUAAGAAUGGUGAUGAUUGUGGUGGUUUUGAUGGUAAACGCCGCUUGUGUGGUGGCCAUCCGCUGCCCGGAUUGUGGGAAGACUCCAGUUCCGUAUCCACUCAGCACUACACCGUUGUGUGGCCAUCAAUCGUACAAGAUUCGGUGUGACAUGGAAGUGUUGAAGUUUGUUACGGGAAGGUACACUUACCCAAUCAUAUCAAUCUUCCAGAAAAAUCAACGGCUAGUCAUCGGUCCAUCGGAUUUAUUACCAGAUACCUGCGUUACGUCUGAUUUAGCCAACGAGGGACUUCAGCUGAAUACCUCUUUACCCUUCACUAUCACCCAGAGUAACACUGUCUUAUUCUUCAACUGUACGGAGCCAACGGGGAAACUUGCGUAUGAUUGCUCGCCGGCAAGCGCUUGCAACGCCUGCCAGAACGGCCUGCCGGAGAUGUCCAUUUGCCGGAAAACUCCACGUUGUUGCACCUUCAGAAAAGGCAGCUACACAAACCUGUAUUCCAUUCAGCUCAAUAUAGAUCGAUGCAGGGCUUACUCAAGCUUCGUGAACGUAAACACAUCGUUGCCGUUUGCCAAAUGGCCGAAUCCUGGCGUGGAGUUGAUGUGGGCACCACCUCCGGAGCCACCAUGUUCAUCGCAGGGGCAUUGUGACUCAACCUCCACUUGCAGGGACGCUCACGACGGCGGAACGCGAAGGUGUUUCUGUAACCGUAAAUUCCGCUGGGAUGCAAUCGCCGGCCAGUGUACUAAGGAUCUAAAAAAAGUCAAAGCAAAACGGAAGGUACUCGGAGCGACUGCAGUUUGCAUCGGAGGGACCAUAUCUGUAGCAGUUGUAUUUGCGAUCACAAUGUUCAUCCGCCGUCAAAAAAUCAAAGCAGCACGAAAACGCCUAGCUUGUGAGCGCCAAAAUAUUCUAAGGUCGAGCGGCGGUGGAAAAUCGUCCAAGAUCUUCGCCAGCAAAGAGAUCAAAAAGGCAACAAACAACUUCUCCUCCGCCGGACUUCUUGGCGUCGGAGGUUUUGGUCAAGUGUAUAAAGGGGUGUUGGACGACGGCACUACAGUGGCUGUAAAAUGUCCCAAGCUUGGAAACACCCAAAGCAUAGAUCAAGUCCUAAAUGAGGUUCGAAUCCUAUGUCAAGUCAACCAUAAAAACCUAGUACAACUUCUUGGUUGUUGUGUAGAACUUGAACAACCGUUUUUAGUAUACGAAUACAUUCAAAACGGAAGUCUUUAUGAUCAUUUACAUGGUAAAAACAAACGCCAUUUAACAUGGAGUCAACGGUUAGCCAUUGCUCGUGACACUGCAGAAGGGCUCUCGUACCUCCAUUUCUCUGCAUCUCCCCCAAUCUACCAUCGCGAUAUAAAAUCUAGCAACAUUUUGCUCGAUAGUCGAAUGAGAGCAAAGGUUGCAGAUUUCGGUUUGUCAAGAGAACUAGCUCAGGCGGAUGUAACCCACGUGACAACUUGUGCCCAAGGUACACUCGGAUACAUGGACCCUGAUUAUUACUGGAAUUAUCAGCUAACUGAUAAAAGUGAUGUCUAUAGCUUUGGAGUGUUGUUGUUGGAGAUACUAACAUGUCAAAGAGCUAUUGACUUUUGUCGGCCAACGGAUGAUGUGAAUUUGGCGGCUUACAUUAAACGGAUAGUGAGCGAGGAAAAAAUGGUGGAUGCGAUCGACCCGUCCCUCAAAAAAGACGCUACACCAUUGGAGAUUGAUGCUAUGAAAGCUUUUGGGUUUCUUGCAAUGAGUUGCUUGGAGGAAAAAAGAGAAAACCGGCCCUGUAUGAAGGAAGCAUCUGAAGAGAUUGAGUAUAUCAUGGGUAUUGUAGCGACCAGAUUAGAAUUAGAUGAUCAUGGUUCGGACAACUAGA